UGGUUUUUGCAAAAUCCCUCAAUCCUUUUCCAUACCUUUAUAUGAGUUGACAGUCCAGAGAACCAUACUUGAUUUCAUUAGUAAUUUACGCGCUCAUCUAAGCGCUGAUGGAAUGGAUGCUUCGGAGACCCCUUACUUACAGGUCUAAAAUGCACUUCAGGCACGCCGCCAUUUUUGCGCGUCUUUUUACGCCCAGACCGUUCGCCGGAAAUCCGGCUGUUGAAACCUAUCCCUUUCCGAAUUUGCAAACUGCCGACCCAGUGCAACGCGUACCGCCUUCUGUAAGGAUCCCUGCGCUUCUAGUAUCUUCUUUUUGUGCAACCCUCUGUCCUCUUGAGGCAUAUGGACUAAGCCAUCGUCCAGAUUAAAAGGGGUCACAUCACUCUCAUGGUGAUCGAUUUCUCGGCCUCCCUCACCGGAUGGGGAACAGUCACCUUUUCUUCCGUCGGCUCAGUGUUCAGCA